UAACUUUGAAAUUACCUUGUGCAAGACUGCAGUAACAGGCUCUGAAUCGACUUGAAUGGAUAUGAAUACCUGCUCUUACGCGUUUCUGCUUUCGUCCGUUUCAUUCCGACAACGUCGUCUUCAUUCCUGUGCGUUACAUUUUUCGGGAAAAUAUCCCAUAGUUUAUUUUUUGCUGCAGCGAGGAGUUAAAAAAAGAAACUUCCUGCUGCAAGCCAUCAGUUGAUUCAGCCUGCAAAACAGGCAUUAAGAAUAUAUUUUGGAAUCGAUUGAAACUAGAUCAAUUUUUAAAAUCGCGAUUAGAAUUAUUACUGGUUAAUCGGUUGAUUAAUUUGUCAGCCCUAAUAAAAACAUUCUCAGAUCCACUAAUACCCACCCCAAACCCAUGGGUUUCCCCGCGGUAAGGAAACCAGGAACCGAAUCAUCUAAGUUUCAACAGAGUCGAUCCAAAUCGAGCUUAUAAAUUGAACCGGAAUGCUGAAGUUGUCCGACACUUUUCGAUCGUUUCUCCCGAAUCAGCGGGGAAGGACUGCGAUGCUUGCCGUGCGAGAAGGUGGAAUGCCCGCGGGACUUCGACGCCUCCGAGUGCAGGGUCGGCGUCUCCACCGACGUCUGCGGGUGCUGCCCGAGGUGCUUCAGGGACGAGGGCGAGACGUGCGGAGGGCCUUGGUUCGUCGGGGGACGCUGCGGCGAGGGGAUGCGGUGCGAGAAGGGGCCGAGCCCCGACGGCGACUCGUACUGGGAGUUCAACGCGUAUGGCGUCUGUGUCGUUGGGUGCUCUGACGUCGAGGUCAUCGAAGCUCAGACUUGGAGGUCCCCCAUCCGAGUAAAGUCGAUGGUGAUCGAGUUUGGAGUAUGGAGACUCAUCCCCACACUCAUCCCCACAGUCAUCCUUGAAGUCUUUCCUCGGGAUCAUUCACUUCUUGCGUCUUUCGAGAUUGGAUCGCUUCGAGUCUUGGUGUCCCUCGUGGUCUCGCUGCUUCUGCGGCGUUUGUGGAACUCUUCAGGCAGUUGCGAUGGGUCCAUCGUCGCCUCGGUUUCGUGGGGUGAGUGA